UCUGCCACAUCCGGUCUGCAGCUGUCUCCUGAUUUCCUCUUCCAACUUCAAGCCAUGCUGGCAUUUUUCACCCAAAUGCAGUCACUACCACAAGUUCCUGCCAUACCUCCACUUAACAUGGACCAACGUGCGUGCCAUGAAGCUCAUUCUUCCUGUUCACCAGAUCCCUUUGACGUAGCCAGAGGCAGAUGUACGGACGAAGCCUCGUAUGCGGAGGAGUCAACUUUCACUGACCAUGUUGAAGGAGACGACUGGAGCGACUAUUCAGAUCAUGAGGAGGAUACAUCGUAUCGCUUGUUUAAUACCUCAGACUAUCAGCCGCUAGCACGCAGGGUAGUUAAUACCCUUGGUCUCCAGACUGCGCCUUCAACUUCAUCUGCCCCAGCUAUCAAAGGGGCCAAGGUCCUCAAAUCCCCUGCACCUACUGAACACUACAUCUCGGUGCCGGACCCAAUUGCCAAAUUAGCCUCUGAAGAAUGGGCUCAUCCACUCCAAGCUCGACGCUUCAAGAACCUGGCUGACAGGCUUUACGCCCUAGCUCCAGACUUUGCCACCAAGUUAGACGUCCCUGGCAUAGAUGAACCAAUCGCUCGCCUCGUUUCACGAUCUCUUUUGCCCAGGGAAGGGGAAUCCCACCUAAAGGACACUAAUGAGCGACGAAUAGACUUCGCCCUCCGCAAGAACCACGAGGCCACUGCCCUAUCCAUGCGUGCCUCUGCUUCAGCCUCCAUUUUCUCCAGAGCAUCUAUGAUGUGGCUGGAUGACCUUCUAGAGGACGCUAACCCUGAUCCUGUCGCCCUCAGAAGAGCGCUAUUGAAAUUGCGUAAAACAGCAGCUUUUGUGGCCGAUGCCACUCUGGAUGCUACUCAAUUAGGGGCACGAGCCAUGACGGCUCAAAUAGUCGCUCAACGCACCCUCUGGCUUCGCCACUGGCAAGCUGAUUCAGCGGCCAGAUUGAACCUGUCCAGGGCUCCUUACACCGGAUCUCUACUCUUCGGCGAGGAAGCUCUAAAGGCAGUGCUGGUUGAUCCAAAAGACGCCCACAAACCGGUUCUGGCCACAGUCAAGAACAUCGACCACAGGCCUUUCAGGCGAUUUCCUUCCUUCCGUUCUAACCAGCCCUUUCGAGGAACGCGGCCAGGAGGACGAGGCCGCGACUUCAGAUCCUAUGACCCCAACGCAUUCAGGGGCAGAGGCCUACGGCUGGCUUGUCAACUUCGACAAAAGCCAUCUCCAACCAACCCAACACCUACUACAUCUAGGGGCAAUGUUGGACAUCCUGCAGGCAAUGGUCUUCUUGGCUCCAGAUCGCAUCACUGCCAUCACAAGCAUCGCAAGGUCCCUGAUGCAACAAACAUCCGCAGACGUCAUGCUUCUCGCCAGAGCGCUCGGGAUGUUUAUCUCUACAAUCCACAUUGUGCCAUGGGCUCGAGCCCACACUCGGCCCCUUCAAUGGAUUCUGUUGCCUUUUCAAAAGGACAUUGCCAGCUCCAACCAUCACAAAGUUCGUUUGAGCCCCGCACUGCACCUCUCCUUCCGCUGGUGGACCAAGGUUCAACACCUCUCCAAGGGCACGUCAUUCAGAGAACCCCGCAGAACCGUUGUAACCACAGAUGCCAGCCUCAUCGGUUGGGGAGCCCACUGCAACUCCCAGUACGUUCAGGGGGUUUGGUCCAACGCAGAGCAAUCUCAAAGCAUCAACUGGCUGGAACUAAAGGCUGUCCACUUAGCUCUAUGUCAUUUUCAGUCUCUGUUCCCUUUGCAUCAUGUGCUCAUUCGAACAGACAACACGUGUGUAAAAUCACAUUUGAACAGACAGGGGGGCACCAGGUCUCGUCCUCUGCAGGACUUAGCCUCCCUCAUCUUUGUCUGGGCAGAACAACAUCUACAAUCCCUGAAAGCAGAACAUCUCAGAGGGAUUUGGAAUGUGACAGCAGACUGGCUCAGCAGACAACAGGUCUUUCUGGGAGAAUGGAAACUUCAUCCAGCCAUUUUCCAUCGUCUCCAGUGUCGGUUCGGCGCCCUCUCAGUCGACCUGUUUGCUUCCAGUCGCAAUUGCCAGCUUCCCAGGUACUUUGCCCGAUACCUGGACUCAACAGCAGAAGCAGUGGAUGCUCUGACAACACCGUGGCCAGACGGUCUAUUGUACGCCUUUCCUCCCAUACCAUUGUUAGCCAAAACCUUGAGGAAGGCGCGAACCGAGAGGGCACAGCUGGUUCUGAUAGCACCAUUUUGGCCACGCCGACCGUGGUUCUCAGAUCUUCUGGCAAUGUCAAUGAUGGAUCCUUGGACACUUCCAGUAAGGCCAGACCUUCUAUCCCAGGGUCCAGUACUGCACCAAGACCCUACUUGGCUCAAUCUAACAGCGUGGCGUUUGAACGGGGACAUUUGAGGUCAGCUGGACUGUCUGACGCUGUGAUUGAUAUUAUGUUGGCCUUGAGAAGACCAUCUACCACUCGUAUUUAUCAACAUACCUGGGUGGCUUUCUCCAAGUGGUGUCAGUCCCACCACCAUGAUCCAUCCCAGGCCACUGUGCAUCAGGUGCUCCAAUUUCUCCAUAGUGGCUUUAUGAUGGGACUUCGACCCAACACUCUACGUCGACAUGCGUCCACUCUGUCGUCCAUUCUCUCAGUGUCCUCUCCUGGAGAUCAUAUUUCCUCACAUCCGUUCAUCUAACGUUUUUUGAGGGGAGUCGCCCUACGCUCUCCGGCUGUUGUCCAUCGGUUCCCCUCAUGGAGUUUGCCGAAAGUUCUGCAGGCUUUGCAACGCCCUCCGUUUGAACCCAUCAGGACUGUGCCCCUACGUAUACUGUCCUUCAAGGUCUUGUUUCUGAUCGCAAUCACAUCUGCCAGACGCGUUUCGGAGUUGGGCGCAUUGUCUUCUGCUCGAUACCUCUGUGUCUUCCAUAAGGACUCUGUUGUGCUGAAGACUGAUCCUUCCUUCCGUCCCAAGGUUGAUUCAGUUUUUCAUUGCAACCAGGACAUUGUUUUGCCUUCCUUUUGCCCGAAUCCUACCCAUCCUCUCGAAAAGGCUUGGCAUUCGUUAGAUGUCCGGAGGGCUCUCAAGACCUACCUGUCUAGGACCCAAGAGAACGGAGUCUCUGUUUGUAUCCUUUCAUCCAAGGUCUAUGGGGCAUAAAGUUUCCAAUCCUACUUUACCCCACUGGUUAAGGGCAUGUAUUACUUUAGCAUAUGAGUCUCUGAAGCUGUCAGUUCCAGCUAGUAUAACGGCUCAUUCUACCAGGUCAGCUGCCACUUCGGCUGCUUUUGCCUGUUGCCGAUAUUUGUAGGGCUGCUGUCUGGUCUACCCCACACUCGUUUAUAAGGCAUUAUAAAAUUGAUCGUUAUGCCUCUGCUGACGCAUCUUUUGGCAGACGAGUGUUGCAACAGGUUCUUAAUGAGGAUUAACACGUGGGUAGUCCCUCCCUGUAUGGGCUGCUGUGGUACAUCCCGCUGUGAUGGCCGGACUCAUAGGGAAAAUGGACCAUUGGUCUCACCUGAAGGGUGAUUUUCCUAUGAGUACGGACAUCACGACCCUCCCAGUUGGAGGAUGACUAUAUAUUUUCUAAUGUAUUAUAUGUUACUGUUACGCUAUUAUAUUUAAAUUUAAGAGUGAAGUCAAGAUUUCUAGUUCUGUUAUACCGCUAUGUUGGAGUCAUGUUAUUAUGCAUGGUACUAUUGUGUUAUUUUCCUGCUGCCAGGCCGGUUGGCCUUGUUCUUGUAUUUUUAGAUAUUUCUCCUUAGACUCGCUGCGAAUGAACUGGAGAGUGGGAGGGGCCUGACGCCCCUACUCUUGACUUCAAAGACAUUCUUGCCUUCGCACGAUAGGUGGAGCUAAAACCCGCUGUGAUGUCCGUACUCAUAGGAAAAUCACC